AUGACAAGUUCACCACAGUCACAGCGCACUUCUUGGAUAAAGAUUUUUAAUAUGUGUCCAACAACACCUACUACAACAACAUCACCCGCUAAAGUCACACCUCAAAUAGAUUUAUCAGCAGUGUCAUUUAAUCCAUUUUAUAGAUAUAGUAAAGAUCCACAACCAAUAGAGCUUAAUGUAGAUAUACUCAAGAAGCAAUUAAUAUUUCCACAAUUAUCAGUAUGUAACUGA